UUAUACCUAUAAUAUCACCUUUAUAAAUAACAAAUACCUCUAUACUCAUCUUUAUUUUUAUUUUGUUUAUAAAUAAAUUUCUAUUUGUUUAUAACUUAAUUUGUUUUGCUUACUUAUUCAGUGAAGUUCUCUAAAAGUGGUAUCUGAUUAGGGGGAGUGAAAUAAUAGUCGAGAGGCUAAACUGUAGGAAUCCGGUGCUCCACCCUAUAGAGCUUAGGUCAGGACAAAGCCUAAGAGGGCAGGGGGCGCUACACAAAUUGGGGGCUCGUCCGGGAUACACUCUCACCUUUUCCUGAUACCCUAAGAAGAGUAAAUUAAACACCUUAAUACACGUUAAGAACACUGAAGAGGAAAAACUGACACCAUCCUGUAACUAACUGAUUAUUAUUGAGAAAUGUCUUUCAGAAGUGACCCACAACUGCAGAGUGAACUUCUUGAGUGGUGCAGAGAAGCAGUAAUCGACCCAGCUCAUGCGUUGUUGCUGACAGGAGUACCACAAAACACUGAGACUGCUUGCAUUGAAAAAGUGGCCGAGAGUGUGAAGCUUUUUGGACGAGUACGGGUUCGAGACUCAAAAUGUGGAGCCACUCCGACAACUCUGUUAGUGCUGUGUGAAUGCAGAGAAGUUGUAGAUCCCACUAAUUGCCCUGAGGAAUUGCAUCCUACAGAUGGUGAGGAAGCCUGGAUGAUUAUCUUAGCUACGGAAAGAGAAUCAGCUCAUGUUGCUCCAGCAGAGUUUGCUGACAAGCUCUCCAAGUUUCUGAAGGAUGAAGGCAAGUCUAUGACUGAUGUACAUGCUCUAUUUUCUCCACAGAAUGCAAAUCCCAGUUCACCUGAGUCAAUAAUUCGUGCAGUGGGUGAAAUUCUUGAAAAAACAGUAAGACCAUCGAGUGAUGGAAGUGCCUACCGUCGUUUACGUACCUUCUCUGGUAUUGUUCCAACCCCUGUAGGAGAAGAAACUAUGGAUCACUGGAUUGAACAAGCUAAGUUGAUGAUAUCUGAAUGUGAGUGCUCUGAAAAGGAGAAACGGAGAAGAAUUGUGGAAAGUUUAAAGGGACCAGCCCUGGAAAUCAUUAAAGCUGUCCGUAUGUCGUGUCCUGAUGCUGAAGCGUUGAAAUAUGUGGAAGCUCUGGAAAGUACUUUUGGAUCUUCUGAGUCUGGAGAAGACUUAUACUUUGCUUUUCGGCUUCUUAGACAGUGUCCUGGUGAGUCACUUUCUGCUUUUCUGAGAAGAAUGGAGAAAUCACUGACUAAAGUCAUCCAAAAAGGGGGACUGACUUCUGCGAAUGCUGAUAAGGCUAGAGUAGAGCAAUUGAUUCGAGGAGCUGUUGAAUCCGACAUGAUGCUAUUGCAGUUGCGAUUAAGGGAGCGGAAAGAAAAUCCACCAACUUUCCUGAGUCUGUUAAAUGAGGUUCGUGAGGCUGAGGAGAUAGAAGCCACUCGACGCAAGAUAACUGCUACUGCAAAGCCCAUACACUUGCAGGAAGAAAGCAUUUGUCCCACUGUUGUACAUGAACUUAAAGCAGAAAUUCAAGAAUUGAGGGCUUAG